UCAUUUACAACUCUCUCUCCUCGCUCCGCAUCUUCCACUGUGCGUGUAUGUGAUGAUGCUCGAAUGUUACAUUCUAGCGCUCAGUUCAUUUUCAUUCGUUUCCCGCCAUUGAUGUCUGGCUGAUGUAAACCAAUAAAAACCACGUCUGUCAUGAAUCGCUAAUAUCAGACGCUAAUAAUAUUGAUUGUUUAUUGAGUCAGGUGAACAGUCCUUUCAUCUGCAAACGGUGAUCGACACGUACAGACAAACAGGAUGAUGGGUUUACAUGAAUUCAUAUGGAUGACAGGUAUACUGAUGGCGCAGGAUCAUCCUUAACCCACUUGCGAGGGAUUUUUGAUCGUGACAGUACGUGAAGAUGGCGACGGGGACGGGCUGGCAGCCGCCGUACAGCGCUGCUCCGGGUAUCAAUCCUCCCGCUGCUGCUUCUGGAUCAAGCACCAGUCCAUCCUCCACAUCCAGCCAUUUACUCUACGAAUCUGCUCUGACCAUGGAAUACACUCAAGAUCUGCACCUGAAGAUGAGUAAAAAAAUAGCACAACUCACUAAGGUCAUUUACGCCCUCAAUACGAAAAACGACGAGCAUGAAGAUGCCAUCCAGUCUCUGAAGGAUGCCCAUGAUGAGGAGGUGCAGCACAUCCUGACGGAGACUCGAGAGAAGAUCCUUCACUACAAGAGCAAAAUCGGGGACGAGGCUGACCUAAAACGCCGCCUACAGUCCCUGGAGGAAUCCGUGGAGCUGCACGAACACAUGAAGCGCCAAGCGCUGGCAGAGUUCGAGAUGUACCGUCAGCGCAUGGAGGACACGCAGCUCUGCACGGAGGCUCAGCACACGCAACGUGUGGUCUCCAUGUCCCGUGAAGUGGAGGAAAUGCGGCACGAGUUCGAAGAGAAGCUGCGCUCCUUCAGCCAUGUGCAAGCCCAGUUUGAGCAGGAAAAACGCCGGGCAUUGGAGGAGCUCAAGUCAGUCCACCGACAGGAAGUCCAGGAGCUGCUGGAAAGCCAGGAGAACCAGAGUGCGUCCUCCAGCCUGGAACAGGAGAAACUGGCCGAGCUGCACCGUACUGAGCUGGAGUCGCUCAUGGAGCGCGUGGAGGAGCUGAUGCAGGACAAGGUUCGGCUGGUGGAGGAAUACGAGGCCAAGCUGAGCAAGGCUCAAGGGUUCUAUGAACGCGAGCUGGAGGCCAUGAGGCGAACGCAGCAGCUCACCACAGAGAACUUGCUGGCCUGGAAGAGGACGGAGGUGGAACUGAGGAAGGAGUUUCAGGUGCAGGAGGCGGCGCUUCAGAGGACCCUAUGUAAACUCCGCGCUGAACUACACAGAGCUCAGGAUGAGGCGCGAGAGAGCAGGGACAAGACCAACAGACUCCAGGCGUCUCUUAACAAUGCAGAAGUCACAAUUACGGAGUUACACAAGCAGCUGGAAGAGGCCAUACAGGAUGGAGAGAUUUGGGUGAUGCAGCUGAAAGAUACAGAAUAUGAGCUGGAGGGAAGCAGAGAUCGAGUUCAGCAGCAGGCCAAUGAAAUCCUUCACAAAGCCAGUCAGAUAGGCUCUCUUCAAGCGACCCAAAUGAGCCACGAGGCCACUAUCAGGGAUCUUGGAUCAGAGCAGAACCGCCUGAAGGAGAAGAUCCUCCAGCUGGAGGAGGAGAGAGAGAGACUUCAGAAACAGAUACAAACCCUGGAAGAACAACAGCAUCAGAAGAUCCUCACUCUGGAGAAGUCGCUUCGUGAGGAAAAGCAGAGCUAUGAGAUGGAGCUGGCGCAAAUCAGGGCCAAAUACGAGGAGGAAGCGGCCUGUCUGAAAGAAAGCCAGGCAGAGUCCUUAGAAGAACUCAAGGAGAAACACAGAGUCCAGCAGGAAAGUGCUCGCAGUGCUGCUGAGAGAGAGAAGAAUCAGCUGCUCAGUGAGAUGAGACAACAGUUUGAUAUCCGGCGUCUGUCAUUGGAAGAGCAGAGAAACCACCUGCAACAGCAACUGGAGACUAUACGAGAGGAACUCACUACCAAGCUCAACAUGGCCAACCAAGAGGUGUCCCAUUUGAAGGAUCUUGUGAAAGAGAGUGAAGAAAAUCUGGAUUCUGCUGAGAGCCACAUCUCCUGUCUUAAAGACAGCCAGGAAAAGCUUCUCAUCGAGUUGGAUGCCACUAGGGCGAGAGUGAGAGAGACAAGCAAUCUGCUUACAGACCUACAAGAGGAGAUAGAAACCCAGAAACAGCAACAUGAAGCCAGGGUCAUCGCUAUCAAAACAGAGGAGAAACAGAAAAUGGACAAAAUCACAGAGGAGCUGGAUCUCAAGUGGACCGAUGCUCUAAGGGAUGAGCUGAAGGGUCUUCGGGAAGAGCUUACAGCCGAAUAUCAGGCAGAGAAACAGGUGGCCCUGACACAACUUUCCCAGCAGAGAGACCUGGAGAUGAUGGCAGCCAGGGAGAGCUGGCAGAGGAAGGUGGAGGACCUCCUGGAACAGAUCUCUCUGCUGAAGCAGAGCCUGGAGCUACAGAUGUCGCAGUCAAAAAGCGCGCUGCAGCAAUUGCAGGCACAGUUCAGCCAAGAGCGUGAGCACCUGGCGCAGCAGGUGCAGGAACUGGCUCUGGAGCAUCAGCACAGAGAGUGCCGCCUGCAGGAGGCCCAGUGCUGCGCCCUGCAGGACAUGGAGGACGCACAACAAAUCGAGCUUAGGGAGCUCGAGGAUCGUCUAAAGCAGGAACAGAGAGAAGAGUUACAUGCUUUAAGAGAAGCCCACAGACAGACCCUGGAAAUCCUUCAGCAGCAGUCAGACCAGGAGCUGCAGACGCUGCGCUUUGAGCUGGAGGAUGAAGGCAAAGCCAUGCUGGCUUCCCUGCGGUCAGAGCUCAAUCAUCUUCAUGCCACUGCCAUUGAACACCUGAGACAAGUCCACUUGAAGGAGAACAAUGCCGCCAAACGAGAGCUGGACGACACUAUUGAGCGCUGCAAAGAACAUGAACAAGACCUUCUAGAGCGUUUAUCUGAACUGAAACAGGAGGUGAGCUGCUGGAAGAACCGAAUCGCCGAUCUGGACCAUGAGAUCCACUCGCUCAAUGAGACCAUCAGCACCCUGACCAAAGAGCUGGAGCUCAAAGGGAAAGAAGUUCUGCGGGCGCGCAGUGAGGCCAAUCUGCAGAUCAGGGCUCAUGAACAGGAUCUCUCUAAGCGCCUUGAGAGGGAGAUUGAAGAGCUGAAUGCUUCUCAUAACAGAGAGACCCAGAUCAUGCUGUCAGAUUUUAACAAAGCUCAGGAGCUGCUAAAAGACAAGAUCUCUGCUCUGCAGAUUCUGUUGGAAGGUACGGAGGAGAAGUUCAGGAAUAGAGAAAGCCGACCGGAGGACCUCCAGGUGAUUGCUGAACUCAGAGAAAUGGUGUCCGAGAGAGAAGCCCUGGUCAAGAAGCUUGUGGAUGACAAGAAGUUUUAUCAACUGGAGCUGGUGAAUCGAGAGCCUGGCUUCAACAAGGUGUUCAACACCAAUCCCAAUGUCGGGGUCAUAAACCCCCUUAUAAAGCGUAAGAGUAGAAAACCUGCGAACAGUUUCGCCAGCUCUCCGAACCUAAGCGUUGUUGCGGCAGAAGGGAUGGCGGGCGGCUCCGUUCCGCCUGCUUGCCUAGAGUCUGUCCCCAACUCCCCCAUUCACCACCAUGAGCUCAGGUCUAACAAACCUCAGCCCCCUCCAACCCCUCCGCCUCAGGCCGACUCCACCCGGAGCCCUCGUAAGACUGAGGAUUCAACUGUAGCACCAAAAGAACAGCAACCACAAGAGCUAUUUUCACAGUACUUCUCCUUUUAAAUUUUUGAAGACACUCAACUGAAGAGCAUGUGAAACUGCAGUUUUCAAUAGUCCAUUCGUCUGUUCUUGAUAUCUCACUGUGAGUUUGUUAUUUUCCCUUUUGAUAUGGGCAUAUACUUGAUUUAAAAUGAAAUGCACAUUCAUUUCAUAUACUAUUCAUAAAUAUGUCUUUUCUGGAUGGACUAAAACUGUUGGAAUACCAAUGUCUUGCCAGUUUUGAAAUAAAUUGCACAGACACUUA